GCACGCUCCUGGACCAGGCACGCUCCUGGACCAGGCACGCUCCUGGACCAGGCAAGCUCCUGGACCAGGCAAGCUCCUGGACCAGGCAAGCUCCUGUUCCAGGCAAGCUCCUGGACCAGGCAAGCUCCUGUUCCAGGCAAGCUCCUAGACCAGGCACGCUCCAGGACCCCGCCCCAUUCUCCCGCUUUCUAUCACCCCGCCCCAUUCUCCCACUUUCCAUCACCCCGCCUCAUUCUCCCGCUUUCCAUCACCCUGCCCCAUUUUCCCGCUUUCCAUCACCCCGCCCCAUUCUCCCGCUUUCCAUCACCCCGCCCCAUUCUCCCGCUUUCCAUCACCCCGCCCCAUUCUCCCGCUUUCCAUCACCCCGCCCCAUUCUCCCGCUUUCCAUCACCCUGCCCCAUUCUCCCGCUUUCCAUCACCCCGCUCCAUUCUCCCUCCUUCCAUCACCCCGCCCCAUUCUCCCGCUUUCCAUCACCCCGCCCCAUUCUCCCGCUUUCCAUCCCCCCGCCCCAUUCUCCCUCCUUCCAUCACCCCGCCCCAUUCUCCCUCCUUCCAUCAUCCCACCCCAUUCUCCCGCUUUCCAUCACACCGCCCCAUUAUCCCGCUUUCCAUCACCCCGCCCCAUUCUCCCACUUUCCAUCACCCCGCCCCAUUCUCCCGCUUUCCAUCACCCCGCCCCAUUCUCCCGCUUUCCAUCACCCCGCCCCAUUCUCCCGCUUUCCAUCACCCCGCCCCAUUCUCCCGCUUUCCAUCACCCCGCCACAUUCUCCCGCUUUCCAUCACACCGCCCCAUUCUCCCGCUUUCCAUCACCCCGCCCCAUUCUCCCGCUUUCCAUCAUCCCGCCCCAUUCUCCCGCUUUCCAUCACCCCGCCCCAUUCUCCCGCUUUCAAUCACCCCGCCCCAUUCUCCCGCUUUCCAUCACCCCGCCCCAUUCGCCCUCCUUCCAUCACCCCGCCCCAUUCUCCCGCUUUCCAUCACCCCGCCCCAUUCUCCCGGGACCAGGCACGCUCUUGGACCAGGCAAGCUCCUGGACCAGGCAAGCUCCUAG